CCUGAGGAGGGACACACACCUGAGGAGGAACACACACCUGAGGAGGAACACACACCUGAGGAGGAACACACACCUGAGGAACUCUGAAAUCCAUCAUUUAUGACCUCUGACAUCUGGGUUUCUAAAUACUGUAAAUGUUUUCAAUGCAUCGGUCACAAACACUUGAAUGUUUGACUUGUAAACAUGCAUUAUUCAAUCUUAACAUUUUAUUUUUUCAAAAAAUGAUGGGUAUAAGGAAUGAUGAAUUAUGUAAUUGGCAAUAAAUUCAUUGAGCCCCAAGUCGAGUAUAAUUUCUGAAAUGUAUACAAUUCUUACAUCAUAAUGCGUAUUAUUUAAUAAAUGUAUCCGAUGAUCCUUCUGACGAAUCUCCAGUUUGUGAUACAUAAAUUUCAGACGAUAAGUAGCGCCAGGAUUAUUGAACUAAUUUACGGACGUUAUUAUAGAUUAAUUUUAGUAAACUGGCACUGGUUUGUCAUAGUUGCAAAAUAAAGGUGUUUGUUCCGUUUUCCGUGAGUUCCGCUGCUUGUUUCCCCCGGACACUUUAGAGAGUGACGCAGAGCCAGAAUGGCGCCCGGGCUCAGAAUGCUGCGACAGGUGUGUGAUCAUGUGACCCGCUCGCGCGCCGCUGUCAGACUCCUGUGUUCACGAGCCGCGGCCGCGGAAACUCCUCCGGACACGAGAGCAUCGUUCCCACCGUUACAGAGCUACUCGGAGGAGGAGAGCAUGAUGAGAGACGCCGUGAGGAGGUUCGCUCAGGAACGCAUCGCUCCUUUUGUCUCCAAGAUGGACGAGGAUUCAGUCAUGGAUGCAGACGUGAUCAGCGCUCUGUUCCAGCAGGGACUGAUGGGGAUUGAGAUCGGACCUGAGUUCGGCGGCACCGGCUCCUCCUUCUUCUCGUCUGUUCUGGUGAUCGAGGAGCUGGCGAAGGUCGACCCGUCGGUGUCGGUGCUGUGUGACAUCCAGAACACACUGAUCAACACACUCCUGAUGAACCUGGGCACUGAGGAGCAGAAGCAGCGAUACCUGCCUCGCCUCGCCAGCGACACGGUCGGCAGCUUCUGCCUGUCGGAGUCGGAGUCGGGCAGCGACGCUUUCUCUCUGAAGACUAAAGCCGAGAAACACAGCGAUUAUUACAUCAUCAACGGCUCCAAGAUGUGGAUCAGUAACGCGGAACAUGCCGGAGUGUUUCUGGUCAUGGCCAACGCUGAACCCGCCGCGGGCUACAAAGGGAUCACCUGCUUCCUCGUGGACCGAGACACAGACGGGCUCAGCAUCGGGAGGAAGGAGAAUAAACUGGGCCUGAGAGCCUCGUCCACCUGCCCUCUCACAUUCGACAACAUGAAGAUUCACCAGAAGAACAUUUUGGGGAAAGUCGGUCACGGGUAUAAAUACGCCAUUGGGAUGUUGAAUGAGGGCCGGAUCGGGAUCGCAGCACAGAUGCUGGGUCUGGCUCAGGGCUGCUUCGAUCACGCGGUUCCCUACACCAGGCAGCGGGUUCAGUUCGGCAAACGCGUCUUUGACUUCCAGGGUCUGCAGCAUCAGAUCGCUCAUGUGGCCACACAGCUGGAAGCCGCUCGACUGCUGACGUAUAACGCGGCGAGACUGAAGGAGGCCGGAAGACCCUUCAUCAAAGAGGCCUGCAUGGCCAAAUACUUCAGUGCAGAGGUUGCGGCUCUGACCACCUCUAAGUGCAUCGAGUGGAUGGGGGGAGUGGGGUUCACCAAAGACUAUCCCAUCGAGAAGUAUUACCGCGACUGUAAGAUCGGGAGCAUCUACGAGGGAACCACCAACAUCCAGCUGAGCACCAUGGCCAAGAUCAUCGACACGGAGUUCGGCGGCUGACUCGGACAUCCGGAGAUCCAGAAUACAUAAGCUGCAGCUCUUCACGUACUAAAACACUGAUGGAGUUUAUUUGAUAAAGUUUAGUUUGUUGUGUGUGUCUGUACUGACCCCUGCACUCUCUCGAAACGCAUCAUUUCUUGCUUCUGUAGUUUUGUUUUUUCCAUGAGUUUCUGAGAUGAUCACGUUAAGAUAAAGCUGUCUCAUACGUCUGUUACAGUUAUUGAUCGAGCUGGUGCCUUAUUGAUGAUUGACAGCUGUUCAUCGGUUGUGUCUGUGUGUUUGUCACUGAUCCUGAGAUGAAUAAACAUGAACACACA